CUUCCGCGGCGGCGGGGGCGGGGCCGCCCCGAGUGCAGCUCUCACGGCUGAAGUGGGUUGCAAGUGGGCGUCCGUGGCUGCUGCUCCACAGCGUUGGGAAGAUGGCGCCGCUGGCGACGGAACGGGGUCUGAAGAGCGUCGUGUGGCAGAUUGGCCACAACAGCGAGAGCUGCGCCGAUCGAAGCCAGGAGCCUCUUCCAGAGAUAAAAGCAACUGUGCUUGAUGACUGCAAGAAAGAAGGCGAAUGGAAGAUAAUGCUUUUAGAUGAAUUUACUACUAAGCUUUUGGCAUCAUGUUGCAAAAUGACAGAUCUUCUAGAAGAGGGUAUAACUGUUGUGGAGAAUAUUUAUAAAAACCGUGAGCCUGUCAGACAAAUGAAAGCUCUUUAUUUUAUCUCUCCAACAUCAAAGUCUGUAGAUUGUUUCUUACGUGAUUUUGCAAGUAAAUCAGAGAACAAAUAUAAAGCAGCAUAUAUAUACUUCACUGACUUUUGCCCUGAUAGUCUUUUUAACAAAAUUAAGGCUUCUUGCUCCAAAUCAAUAAGAAGAUGCAAAGAAAUAAAUAUUUCCUUCAUCCCACAUGAAUCCCAGGUGUAUACGCUUGACGUACCAGAUGCGUUCUAUUACUGUUAUAGCCCAGACCCUGGAAGUGCCAGUGGAAAGGAUGCCGUCAUGGAAGCUAUGGCCGAGCGGAUAGUUACAGUGUGUGCCACCCUGGAUGAAAACCCUGGAGUAAGGUAUAAAAGUAAGCCUCUUGAUAAUGCCAGUAAGCUUGCACAGCUUGUUGAAAAAAAACUUGAAGACUACUACAAGAUUGAUGAAAAGAGCCUAAUAAAGGGUAAAACACAUUCCCAGCUCUUAAUAAUUGAUCGUGGCUUUGAUCCUGUGUCUACUGUCCUGCAUGAACUGACCUUUCAGGCAAUGGCAUAUGAUCUACUACCAAUUGAGAAUGAUACAUACAAAUAUAAAACAGAUGGAAAAGAAAAGGAGGCAGUCCUUGAAGAAGAAGAUGACCUCUGGGUCAGAAUUCGACAUCGGCAUAUAGCAGUUGUGUUAGAAGAAAUUCCCAAGCUUAUGAAGGAAAUUUCAUCAACAAAGAAAGCAACAGAAGGAAAGACAUCACUAAGUGCUCUUACCCAACUGAUGAAAAAGAUGCCCCAUUUCCGUAAACAGAUUACUAAGCAAGUUGUCCAUCUUAACCUAGCAGAAGAUUGCAUGAAUAAGUUCAAGCUUAACAUAGAAAAGCUCUGCAAAACUGAGCAGGACCUGGCACUUGGAACUGAUGCAGAAGGACAGAAGGUGAAAGAUUCCAUGCGUGUACUCCUUCCAGUUCUACUCAACAAAAAUCAUGAUAAUUGUGAUAAAAUAAGAGCAAUCCUUCUUUAUAUCUUCAGUAUUAAUGUCUCCACAAGGCAAACCAUUAAGAAAGGAUCGGUCUGCAGAAGAAACUUUUCAACUUUCUCGGUGGACACCUUUUAUCAAAGAUAUUAUGGAGGAUGCCAUUGAUAAUAGAUUAGAUUCAAAAGAAUGGCCAUAUUGUUCCCAGUGUCCAGCAGUGUGGAAUGGCUCGGGAGCUGUAAGUGCACGCCAGAAACCCAGAGCUAAUUAUUUAGAAGACCGGAAAAGUGGUUCAAAGCUGAUUAUUUUUGUAAUUGGAGGAAUUACAUACUCUGAAAUGCGAUGUGCUUAUGAAGUUUCUCAGGCACAUAAAUCCUGUGAAGUUAUUAUUGGUUCUACACAUAUUUUGACACCCAAAAAGCUGUUGGAUGAUAUAAAGAUGCUGAAUAAACCCAAGGAUAAAGUCUCCUUUAUUAAGGAUGAAUAGCAUUUUUAUUGGUUAGAGAUUCUUACUAAUAUCUUCAACUAAAGCAGAACAAGAAAAUUGCUAUCAUGUAAUUUAAACACUGUAAAUGUUUUAUAGAACAAUGCCUUUUCAAAUGUAUUUCCUAAGGGACUGUUUAUGAUUAUGUAUUAUUGGAUUUGCCAUUUUUAAUAAUUUAAAUAUUGUUGCUGCUUUGUAGAUGAUAAGAAGAAAUGUUAAAAUGCUUUCUAAAAAUGUUUUUUACUUUAACAGAAUGUAUUAGGAUUGUGGGUAAUUGUUCAUAGCUACAUAUGUACAUAGUAAUUGCUCAUUAAAUACUUAUCUAAGAAUUUCAUACCAAAGUAUAGUUUCUUGGGAAAGGAAAGAAUGAUUUUAAAUGAAGAGGUUAUAAAAGUAAAAACUGUAAAUGUGUAUGUAUGAUAGAACUAUUUCCUAUAAGUACAAUUUUCUUUUAAUCUUAAAUUUAUAAUUUCUUUUACAUAUGUGUAAAAUAAUAAAAUAAUCAUUAAUGCAGUGAUUUCACAGUGUAUACUGUCUUGCUAGAUAUUUCUAAAAAACACAGCUUUAUAUAAUUUUGAAAUCAUGUAUGUUUAAAUUAGAAAACCAAAAAUAAUUAUGAAUAUUCUAAGAGAAAAUAAAUAUAUAGUUACAAAAAUGA